CCCAAACGUUGACAAAAAACCUCACACACACAUUAUAUAGAGAUACACUCAUACACAUACAACAUUUGUUUCUCAAAGAGAGAGAGAGAGAGAUGGGAGAAAUUGUGUUUACAGAGAAGCAAGAAGCUUUGGUGAAGGAGUCUUGGGAGAUACUGAAGCAAGACAUCCCUAAAUACAGCCUUCACUUCUUUUCACAGAUACUGGAGAUAGCACCAGCGGUUAAGGAUAUGUUUUCUUUCCUAAGAGGCUCAGAUGAAGUCCCUCACAACAACCCUAAACUCAAAGCUCAUGCUGUUAAAGUCUUCAAGAUGACAUGUGAAACAGCAAUACAGCUGAGGGAGAAAGGAAAGGUGGUUGUGGCUGACACAACCCUCCAAUACUUGGGCUCUGUUCAUCUCAAAAGCGGCGUUCUUGAUCCUCACUUUGAGGUGGUGAAAGAGGCAUUGGUAAGGACAUUGAAAGAAGGGUUGGGGGAGAAAUACAAUGAGGAAGUGGAAGGAGCUUGGUCUCAAGCCUAUGAUCACUUGGCUUUAGCCAUUAUGACCGAGAUGAAACAAGAACAUCUCAUCAAACCAUAAAGAUCAUUCGAGUAUAUGCUCAUACAUGAACCAUUACACAUUUGUGUCUGUUGCUCUUAGACUUCCUACUAUUCAGUGUUUUUGAAGGACUUUGAGAUAUCGUUAUCUGUUUACAAAAAUUAUUUAAAUAAUAUAUAACUGCUGCAAACAUCCAACUCCAUCGAAAUUUGAGUUUAUCAUUAGGUAUUGGUUUCUUAUAUUUGAACU